AUGGUGGUGCAAGUCCCAAGGCUCAAGAGACUGUUUCUAAUAGGAUGCAAGCACCUUCGUGCAAUUACCUUUUUGGGCGAGAGUGUUUCUGACCUGGAGUUGAUGUGUGUAGACACGCGAGAUGGAAUUGUGUGUCCUCGGCCAUCUAUCAGCAAAAACAAACCUUCUGGGCUGCAGAUCCAUGCUGUUGUUGUGGAUGCGAGGUUUACUCACUCCUUGCGGAAUCUGAUUUCUAAUUAUAUAGAAAAUGUUCAUUUUAAUAUCCACUUCACCUCCUCACCUGUGUAUGAUGGGGUUAUUCAAUUUGAAGCAACUAGCAAGGAUAUGAUUGGCACCAGUGAUCAAGAGAGUCUACAUCUUAUUCCAACAGACCAGUAUACUGAUGUCCUUGGGAUGGUUGGUGCUGCCCCAAUGCAGGCCUUUCCACAACCUCCUAGUACAAAGUCUGAUCGGCAUGUAGAGAUUGCUGAAGGGAGCUUCUAUGUUGAAAAGGAACUUGACUCGCUGAUGGCAAAUUAUGUGGAAUCCCUGCAAGUGCAUGAUGUCUCGGUACGUGCUAUUGUGCCACGAGGCCGUUGGUGGGGCAAGCUUAGGUGGUGUUGCGUGGAGAGGUGCCCAAAAGUGGAUACUGUCUUCCCUAAGAAUUUAUUGGCAUUUACUGCAUUGGAGAACUUGUGGGUGUCAGACCUCCUGAUGGCCCGCUCCAUUUUGAGUAAAAUUCCACGCUUUAAUCAAUAUAGCGUUAUCAGUUCGUUUGGAAAUUUACAACGCCUUCAGCUGCGUUCAUGCCCCAGCCUCCAGUUUCUGCUCCCAGUGUGGGUGUCCUCCUUCCCCAGCUUGGAGACCCUCCACAUCAUCCACUGCGGCGACCUCAGCCACAUCUUCACAAUGGACGAAAAGUACCCCGAAGAAAUAACUACCCGCGGCGUACUAUUCCCGAAGCUGACAACCAUCCACCUGCACGACCUGCCAAAGCUGCACAACAUAUGUGAGGUCAAAAUGGUGGCCCCAAUGCUCGCGAGCCUCAAAAUCAGGGGAUGCUGGAGCCUGCGCCGGCUGCCAUCCGUAGGUGCCCGUGGCCGUGGCAAGAAGAAGCCAGCCGUCGAGAUUGAGAAGGACGUGUGCGACGCUCUGGAGUGGGACGCCGGUCACCGCCCCGACCACUUUGAGGCGCCCAUCCACUCGCGCUACUACAAGGAGAAGUUGCACAGAGUCUCCGUCCUCAGGUACUGA